AUGACACAAAAUCCGGACGCCAUGCCCAUCGCAUCAUCAAAUCCGAACAUGGAAAACAGGCCGGAGCCUCGCAAGUGUGCUAGAUGGGAACCUCGAGAGCAGAAGAUCUUCAUGUUCGUCGCCGAACACGUCACUGCAGAGGGACACCGUCGUGGAAAGUGCUUCUCUUCAACAGGGUGGGAGCGAUUACGCGAAUUGUUCAACAAAAAUCCUGAGAAAAACUGGACUAUUGCACAGCUGAAAAACCAUUGGGGUGCUAUGCGCACGAACCACAAACUAUUGUUUGAGCUGCUCCAGUGCACGGGAAUAGCUUGUGGUUUGAGCACCGGGGGCAGAAUUGACGCUCCGGAAUGGUGGUGGAAGCAGAAAAUUAAGGAGAACCCUCGGUAUGGAAAGUCCAAGGACAAUGACAACACGCAGAUCUACCAUAAAUAUAGCCGUCUGUUUGGAGGUAGUUGUGACUCCAUGAAAUACGCACUGAUACCCACGAAGCUAUCGCAACGUGGGUUUGACUUGGGCGCCAACUCCGACUCAGAUGAUCUGAACGACACUCUACCUAUCAAUGUCGAGAAGACAGAUUCGAGCAACAACCCGACUCCAAGAAGAGCGAGCUCCUUGAUAAAUAUCUCCCUGCAUCGAAGCGGCAAGAAACCUAAGGAAAAACAUGCGAAGGGGAAGCGGAAGAAGUUCGGGGCGAGGGAGGUUUCUGAGUCGGUGGACAACCUUGCUUGCGCAUCGAAGGAGAUGGCCUCUGCGAUCCGCACAAAAGAAGAGGGGCGUAUGACUCUCCACGAAAGCAUAGAUGAUGCUUUCGACUGGGCUUAUCGAAGCCGAGGAUGA